CAUCACAGGCCGUGUUUGAUAACAUUGAGGAUCCACAACAGUAGGACGAGGACGAGGACGAGGACGAGGACGGUGACGGUGGGUGGGUUAAUUCAGUUACUAAGCGAGUUCAAGAAACCAGCAGAGGAUUAAAGCGUAUUAAUACACCUAAGACGUCAAAGCAGAUCUCUCUACCUCUGCAUCCAGUGCUUUCCCAGUUUUUGUGCUGUCAGUGUGAUGUCAGCAGUCUGUCUCGCGCGCCUGGCAAGGUGCAGUGGUCCUCACGUGGGACGUAAUGGUCUUUUACAGACGGCCCUAGUCCCACUUUCAUUCCAGAAGGACAGCCACCUCCAGUUCACAUUCUUCCGGAGACAUCUUUACAGCCCUUCAGAAAAACGUCACAGCAACACACGCUUUGAUGCAGACAGCAGUGGCCGCCCAACUACUUGGGAUUCAUUUGGCAUCUGGGACAAUCGUAUUGAUGAGCCCAUUCUGCUGCCUUCCAGCAUUCGCUACGGCAAGCCCAUUCCCAAAGUCAGCUUAUCGAAAGUAGGCUGUGCCUCACUCAUCGGUCAACGCAAAGGGAAUGAAGACCGCUUCCAGGUCUCCCAAAUGACUGACAGCAUCCUCUACUUUGCUGUGUUUGAUGGGCACGGCGGCCCAGAAGCGGCUGACUUUUGUGAAAAAUACAUGGAAAAAUUCAUCAAGGACCUUGUGGCAGAGGAGUCCAAUCUGGAAGUAGUUUUAACGAAGGCCUUCCUUGAAAUAGACAAAGCUCUUGCAAGGCACUUCCACUUCUCUCCAAAUGGUAGGUUCUUUCAUGUUACAUGUAGACAGAUAUACUGUGUGUAUAUAUACACAUACAUGUAUUUAUGUAAUGACACUUUUUUCUUCUCUCUUCAAAACCUAACUUACUUAUCCUACUUAGGCUUUGAAGCCUUGGAUAUCCCAACUGACUUGACCCAAGCACUUUUGGUUAGAGUACCCGGGGUGAACGCAGGAACCACCUCCACUGUGGCCCUGCUGAGGGACGGCAUCGAGCUGGUGGUGGGCAGUGUGGGUGAUAGUCGCGCCAUGAUGUGCCGCAAGGGCAAGGCCCUUAAACUCACUGUCGACCACACUCCUGAGAGGAAGGAUGAGAAAGAGAGGAUAAGGAAAAGUGGGGGUUUUAUCACCUGGAAUAGUCUGGGACAGUCAAAUGUCAACGGCAGGUUGGCCAUGACGCGCAGCAUCGGAGACUUUGACCUGAAGAAGACGGGGGUCAUUGCUGAGCCUGAAACCAAGAGAAUCUCGUUGCACCACGCCCAUGACUCGUUCCUGGCGCUGACCACAGACGGCAUUAACUUCAUUAUGAACAGUCAGGAGAUCUGUAAUGUCAUCAACCAGUGCCACGACCCCAAGGAGGCAGCUCAGAGAAUAUCUGACCAGGCUCUUCAAUAUGGCUCAGAGGACAACAGCACAGUUAUCGUGGUUCCCUUCGGCGCUUGGGGAAAGCACAAGGGCUCGGACCAAAGUUUCUCCUUCAGCAGAAGUGUUGUGUCCAGCGGUCGCUGGGCGUAGUCAGCAGGACGGUGGACGGAAAGAUUGUGGUCUGUGGACCUAAUAAAUUUGUGCAAUACAAUCGAACAAUAGUGCCCAUGUGGAAACAUUA